CAAUGUUCUACUGUUUAAAAAUUUGUUAAAAUUUUAUAUAAAAUGUGUUCUUUAAGUUCUACAACAAUAACACGAUUUAUAGGAAUUUUUGGAGUUGUGACAUCAUUAUUACUAAUAAAUCUGUUAGCUAAAACUGAUUUAAAUUUACAAGAAAAUGUUCAACCAACAACAAAAAUUUUAUUAGGCUUAGAAUGGCGUGAUUUGGUACCAUUUGAAAAUCGUAAUUUACCAAAAGGAACAGAAUUACCAUUAUCAAUACUUGCGUAUGGUGUUUUAAAUGCGAUUGCAAAUUUAUUUUUAAUAUUAGCUUCAAUAACCCAAAAUUCUUGGUAUACCUCUCCAUGGAUUUUUACUCAGUCGACUGGAAUUGUAUGUCAAUGUGUGUCUUUGUAUAUUCAUUGUACCCAAUAUCAUGAUUAUCAACCGCAACUAAUUUUUUUGGCUUCUUCUUAUAUUGGGUUAUUAAGUAACAAUCUAUAAAGUAAGGGAGUGUCUACGAAAUAUGCCUCAAAAAUUUAUUCAAAUACAAAAAAUGAACAAAUGGAAACAAAGUGGGAUAUUACACAUGCAAUAAAAGAUAAAGAAGUCUAAAGUUGUGCAGGCCAUGAAACAGAAAGCACCUCAAUUAGUAGCCUUAUAGUAACCACAGAAAUGAAGAACGACCCAGUUCAAACUGCACUUGAAGUAACCUUAGAUCUGCUAACACUAGAGUGGUACGUUAAAGGGUUGACUUCAAAGAGUGCUUUAAGACUACGCACACUCGACGAUAUUAACAGAGAAGAGAUUAUAUCAAGAUACAAAUCUCCUGUGCCGAUCAACGGACUAUAUAGUAGCGGAAAAUACCCUCAAUAAAAGAUUAGGAAAAUAACUCAGUAACCGAAGAACAGGAUGCCUAAGCAACUCUGCGUAGAUUAGUCUAUUCCGAAGUACUCGACAUUCAAUUUGUUUAGACUGGAGGAUAGUUGCAACUUCCUAAUAGGCACUACGUCAAAGUU